AUGAUCUCCAAACUCACUCCACCAAGAGUCGCAAUUCUUCGAAACUAUGACACUCCCGCAUCAUGGGGCAACGCUAUGGUAGACUCAUGGAGAGACAUCCUCAAGGCGACCAUCCCUGACGCCGAAGUCGAGGUCUACCAUCCCAUCACAGACGGCAUCCUACCAGACGCGACCAAGUUCAACGUCGUCAUCUUGACUGGCGGCGUGUUCAAUCUCACACUUCCCAAGGUUGACCCUUGGGUCGAGCAGACCCUAGCUUUCAUUCGGGACACGGCCGAGAACUGUCCCAGUACCAAGAUGGUUGGCGUGUGUUGGGGACACCAGGCGAUUACGCGAGCUAUGGGCGGCCAGAUUGAAUUCAACCCUUAUGGAGAUAGAGUUGGAGUGCAUCCUCUCCAAUUCACGGAGCGAGGACUUGAAUUCUUUGGAAGCUCCAAGAAUGCUGCUGAUCCGAUGGCCUUUGCUCUUCCCGAAUUCCACAAGAGACGAGUCGGCCGCCUGCCACCUGGAUCUGUCUCUCUCGCUGAAGGCAACGAGAUUCUGAUUUACGAGGAUAAAAACAUCAUCACGUUUCAGGGCCACCCUGAGAUGACGGACAGCGUUGGGAGAGGAAUUCUGGAUGCAGACGACGGAGCGUACAUGGGGGGUUUGUCGGAACGUGAGGUCGAGGAAAUGUAUGCUAGGUUCUCGCUGUCUCAUGACGGACCUAGAAUGUUCCAAAAGGUGGUCGACUGGAUCUUUGAGGAGGCCUAG